AUGGCUCAGAUGUUGAGUUUCAUGAAGGACAUCAGGGAUGAACAGGAAAGGGCUAGGGAAGCUCGGAAUCAGUAUGAGGAAAUACCGAAUGAUGGCAACCCACUGCUAGGAUUUGUUCAGGGCUCCGACGUCCGCAAAUCAAAUGCUCAAUCCUCUAAGAGGGUUAUCAGAACCCAUGAAGAGGGAGAGGCUUCCCAUGAAGGUUUCAUUCCCACCACUCAGAAAGAUGGGGCGCCUCGCACGAUUCGCAUCCCCGCUAACAAUCCAUCUAAGGAUGAAGAUUACGUGGAUUUACAAUAUGGGGAAGUGGAGGAAACAAAUCAGGAACCCCAGCAUAAGCAAAUCCAAUCUGAUUCUGAAGAAAAACUCAGGCCUAUGCCACCUCCGAUUCCUGGAAAAGCUGCACCCAACUUCAGACUCAAUGAAAGGUGUGAAUUUCACGCCAAUUCUCCUGGAAACACGUUAGAAAAAUGCUGGGCUUUCAGGCACAAGGUUCAAGACCUGAUCAAGUCUGGGGCAAUUGCUUUCGACAAACCUAAUGUGAAGACAAAUCCCAUGCCUCGUCACGAUGGCAUGGUCAAUGCAAUCGAGGUCGUCACUGAGCAAGAGUUAGUUCAACAACGGAGUUCCCCUAUAGAUUCCCUUAAGAGGUAUCUACUCGCAAGGGGGUUCAUCCUAGAACAUAACGAGGCUUUUAAGGACACCCUGCAGAGACUCGUGGACCAAGGGAUAAUUCAGUUGAAAGAACACCCCGAGGAGGAGUAUGUGGCCAUGCUGGAAAGGAACGAGCCAUUAAUAAUACCUAGUGCAGGGACAAGGAAGACAUUAAUCAUCCCAUGCGCAAAACCACCAUUGCUGAUACCCACACAAGUACACACUAGGAUCAUCCCAGUCAAAGAUCCAUAUCCGGUGUACAAAAUGAAAGCGGUCCCUUGGGAAUAUGAUUCUAGUAGUAAUACAGAAGUAAAAAGCAUUGUGGGGCCUGGAGGUAUGACUCGUAGUGGUUGCAUAUUCAAUGCUGCGAAACCGAAUGAGAACUUAGCACAAGCAAGUAAUCAAGCUACUGUGGUUCCAACUGAAGAAGGCGCAACCAAGGAUAAAGAGGUCGCUAACAAAGACGCUGAAGAAUUCUUGGCAUUAAUCAAGAAAAGUGACCAUAGAGUGGUGGACCAGUUACACCAAACCCCGUCCAAAAUAUCACUCCUCUCGCUGCUAGUACAUUCGGAAAAACACCGAGAUGCCUUGAUGAAAAUCCUGAAUGCUGCCCACGUAACUAAAGAAAUCACUAUAAAUCAAUUUGAUGGAAUGGUGGCUAAUCUCACCGCUGGGGCAUGUUUAAGCUUCAAUGAUCAUGAGCUACCCCCACAAGGGAAAGAGCACAACAAAGCCUUACAUAUCUCCAUACAAUGUGGAAAAGCUCAUAUAUCCAGAGUUCUGAUUGACACAGGGUCGUCACAAAACAUGAUGCCAAAAGCCACUCUCGACAAGAUAGCCUUGGAGGGCCUGGUAGUUAGACCAAGUCGUCUGGUAGUCAAAGCCUUCGAUGGAUCACAAAGUCUGGUAUUUGGAGAAGUAGACCUCCCUGUAGUAGUUGGUCCCCACACAUUCUGCAUAAAUUUCCAAGUGAUGGAAAUUGAACCUGCUUAUACCUGCUUAUUGGGACGUCCCUGGAUUCAUACUGCUGGGGCAGUCACCUCCACUCUACAUCAAAAAGUAAAGUUCGUGGACGGGAACUCCAUAGUGACCGUCAAUGGGGAGGAGGAUAUAUUUGUUAGCAAUCUAGACUCAUACCGAUACAUUGAGGCUGGAGAAAAGGCGUUGGAAACCUCUUUCCAAUCACUAGAGAUAGCAACUGCUGUCACACUGCCGGAGAAAAGAUAG